AGUCUGCAGAGAUCAGUGUGUGGAAACAAAAGGUGGAGGCUCACACAGAGUGAGGAAAGCGUCUAUCCUGUGGAGAGAAGCCGUGCUGUCAUUCAAAUCAGAAUGUUAACUCUCAUCUGGGUGAUUCUGCUCUUCGCUGACACAGGUUCUGGGACUCCUGAGUGUCCAAAGAACAACAGCAUAAUCACACAAAGUGGUAAAAAUGUAUCAGCACAGGCUGGACUGUGUGUUUUUCUAGCAUGUUCUUUUACGAAAGAGGAUGGUGAUGUUGAAAAUAUAACUUGGUAUAAACAUGAUGGAAACAUAACUAAAACAAUAUUUGGCUCCAGUAACAAUAUGAAAACUGAACCUGAGUUUAAAGGGAGGGUGUCACUGUUGGAGGCUGACCUGAAAAAGAACUGCAGCAUCAUUAUCAAUAACCUCACCAAGUCGGACUCUGGAUCAUAUCACGCUGUCGCUAAGACAAAGACUCACUGCACACUGAUUGCAAACAUCACAGUCACAGUUACAGAGCUGAGUGAAAAGCCCAAACUGGAAAUUCCUGAAAUAACAGAGGGAGAGCAGACUACACUGACCUGCAGCGCUCCUGGUCUCUGCUCUGGAUCCACUCCUAAUAUCACCUGGAUAUGGAGUGGAUCAGGACAAAACCUCUAUGAAAUCAAAGAAAACAACAUUGAAUUCCAGUCUGAGGAUAUGCCUGCCUUCAAG